UUCAAGGGGAAAUACCCAAAGUUAUGUUUAUAUUUAUUUUUGUAUCAUUGCAAUUCUUUUGUGAAAGAUAAUUCAAUAAACAUGUCAUAUCGCACACGUAAAACAAAUAUUGGAUUGUUUAAAGAUGUCUCCUCCGGUUACGUUCUGUCUCUUUGUUUCACUGCUACUUCCGGCAUCAGCGGUAGCGGAAGAGUGUCCAGUACAACAGGAAAACGACCAAAAUACACCACCGCUGUUCGCAAGAGGUGGAAAGCCGCUUGCGAGAGAUAUCAGGACCAUGGUGGUACAUAAUGAUCUCAAGGAUCGAUGCAUCGUCAACACUUCACAAAUCGUAACAAAUCUUACGAGAGUUAAUCAAGCUGAAAAUACAGUGAUUUAUCUGAUAUGUGUAUUUCCAACACCAAUUGUCAUCCGACCUGAUCUUGAUCCGGAAUUUGUACCCGAAAGAGAAGUGUAUAUGCUUCAAAUUAUAGGCUGCUCUUUUGACAAAUCCAGCAUUUUCGCUAUUACAUCUUUAGCUGAGUUUAAGACUUUUGUAUUCAUAGGUUCUCUUAUUAAAGGGGGUUUCACCACUUUACGGGAUUUUCGAAGCGAAAGUUUAAAAAGUGUUUUUUCUUUUUUGCAUGUAAAUAUUGGAUCUUCAAAUGAAAGUAUAUGGACAUUAUUUGAUGAAAGAGAUGCCUUUGAAAACAUGGGGGAGAUUUCUAUUACCAAUUCACACUGGCUUGAUUUACCAGAAAAUAUAUCGUCCAUUUUUCCAAACCUUCAAACGCUAGACUUGCCAAACAAUGGACUUCAAGUUCCACAUUCAAACUUUCCUUGGACACAGGAAUUGCUUUAUCUACCAAAUAACCUGACGAGAACUGGCUUUAUGCACCAUAACUAUGCCGAAUCAGAAUCACUCAGUAUACCAAAUGAUAUAUUCCGAAGGUCUAUGGACAUGAGAGAGAAUAAUAUUACCGAUCUAAGUAUGUUUGAAUUUCAUGGAUUGAUACAUAUGAUCUCAUUACGAAACAACAGUCUUCGCUCUCUUGGAAAAAACACCUUUUCGAAUAUAUCAGGGAUUCAAACCUUGGAUCUAAGUGUUAACAAUUUACGCAGUUUACCAAUUGGAGUUUUUCGUGGACUUUCUGAGCUUCGGUUGCUAGACUUGAGCUUAAACGAAUUAUCGGUUGUUUCAGGGGAUGAUUUUACAGAUUUAACGUCUCUACUUCGCUUGAACUUAGCAAAUAACAAGAUAAAAUGCAUUGACAAUGGCUCAUUUAGCAGUCUCCAGGAACUACUGAUUUUGGACUUGACGGCUAACAGUAUACAAACAUUAAGUGAACAAUCUUUCCCAUUGGAAUCAGUUAGUCUAAAAGAGAUUUACGUAGAUGAAAAUCCGAUCAAAGUUUUACCAUCUUUUAUAUUUUAUGUACGUGGUCUAAAAGUUGCCAGUUUUGAACACACUCAUAUCGCAUUCGAGAAUUUUACUGACUAUUUACUUAACAUCGACAUGAAUAGAGUAUUGAUGAGUGUUGUUAAAUCAGCAAGCAGUCCUGACCUUUCAAAUGUUUUUCACCAAUCAAAGGUCCCAUGCUUGGUAAACUUGGGGCAUAGCAACAUUACAAACUUGGGCUUUCAAAUUGAUCAGAAAAAUAUGACGUUGAAUACAUCAUUGCUUCUGUUAUUGCUUCAUUUUAAAUGGGAGUUCACAGCUAAUCCGAUCAGAUGUAACUGUCGCAUUAACCCACUUGUAUCAUUCGUGAUUGCAUUUAUCAAGAACAACAGUAUUGUAAAUGAAAAAGAAUUAUUUGGAAGCUGGAUUUGUCAGUCACCUGAGGAAUUGUAUCAGAAAAAUAUUUUGGAAAUUGAAAUGAAUCAGACAUUUUGCGCUUUAAAUGAAUCGACGUGUCCAUCUCCUUGUAAAUGUUACGAAAGAACGUUAACUGGCAAUAUAAUUGUGAACUGUAUAAACUAUCAUUUGAAACAUAUUCCUGCCAACAUGCCACUUGGAAGUCUAGAGCUGAAACUCUGUAAUAAUAACAUAACCCAUAUUGCAAAUAUGGCUUACCUUGAAAGGGUAAAGAUAUUCGACAUAAGUCAUAAUUAUUUAAAAAGCAUUGAUCCUAGUGUAUUUCAAACUAUGGGUAAGCUAGAAACUCUAAACUUAAGAUCCAAUCAUCUCAUACGGCUACCACAAACGAUGGUCAGUCUUGGCGCCAAAUCCAUUAUGCUAUCAGGCAACCCUUAUGAUUGCGAUUGCCAUGCUGUCUGGAUGAAGAAUUGGAUUGAAACGAACAAGAAUAUUGUUACAGAUUGGGACCUUGUAACGUGUAAUACUUUACAAAACGACGGGAAUAUGGUAGUGAAAGUCAGUAAAGCCGAGUUUAUUUGUAAAGAUAGUUCGAUAAACGACUUUAAUGAGAUUAAACACGUUGUAUUGCCUUCAGUUGCAACAUUUGUAACAGUGUGUGCCGUAAUAAUAGCAAUUGCACUGAUUUAUUCAUUUCGCAUUGAAAUUAAAGUGUUGAUGUUCAUACACUGGGGACUACGUCCACUUGAUAACGAUACUGGAAAUAAUGCUGAAGAAAUAGAUUGUGUCGUUGUUCACAAUAGUUCUGACAGUGAUUGGGUUCUAGAAAAAGUCGUUAAACCAUUAGAACAUUGCAGAAGCAACUACACUGUCGUCGAUUCGGACAGAGACUUCAUUGUUGGAUAUUCUUUCCAGCAAAACGUGAGGAAUCUUGUUGUGCGCAGUAAACGAAUGAUAAUAAUUGUUACCGGUAAUUCGAUGCCUGAAAACAUUGCCAUGUCUUGGUCAAUUGCUCAAGAGAAGAUAAAAAGCACAAAAUCUAGUUACGGAAUUAUUGUUACACAUGAUAUGCAGAAACAUAACAUAGAAGACAAAGAUAUUAAAUCGUACUUAAAGCACGGACGUUAUGUCGACUCUAAGGAGCGUCUUUUUACAAAUAAACUUCUUUAUUAUAUGCCUGGUAAAUGUGUGAACCAGGAAUAUCACAACAACACCAAAGUAAGUAAAAGUGCAUCAGAUUCGGGUAUACCUUUCGGAGGAUCGAUAUUUAAUUGUACGAGUUCUGUAUCGUACGCGACAAGUAAUUCCUCUUUGACCAUUGAGUGUGCUGAAAGCGAUGAAUUGGUCAUUACUUGUACAACGGAUCUAUUCAUAACAUACCACGACACAGAUAUGGACUUUGCAAGACACGGGCUUUUACCCUUGUUUGAAGCAAAAAACUAUGAUGUGUGCUUUCCAGACAGAGAUUUUCUUCCUGGGCCAUCACGAGAGGAAAAUAUUCUCAAUUCCAUUUCAUCCUCCAAACACACAGUGUUGGUUUUAUCGUCUUUGUACAUGAUAGAUGAAUGGUGUUUGUUCACAUUCAGAGCAGCAUAUGAAAAAUCUCUUCGCAAAACAUCUAAUCAUUUAAUUGUAGUGAUCAGAAACGAUGUUGAUAUAAGCAACGAUAUUCCGGACAACGAAAUCAAACAUUAUAUCAGGAGUUAUGUUUGUCUGAAGGAAAAUCAUAAAUGGUUCGAAAAGAAGUUACUGCAUUGUGUUGAAUAUUCACAUUCUUCACAAUCACGUGGUUUAUUGCCUAAACAGAGUUUAGUUACAGAACUUUAAGUGAAAGAUGUAUUGUUCAUGACAUAGUGUUAUAUGACUAUGGUAUUCUUGCAUUGCAAAAUUAUUGUGGUAUAUCCUGACUCCGUUCCUUUAUUUUUCUGAUACAUGUUUAGCGGCCUAAUAAGGUUGCAUGUUUGGAGGAAGUGUUUACAAAGACGAUCCUCUAGUUUGUUGAUAGUCCAGGUGAAUGUACUUUGCAGCAUCUCGGUAUAUAUAAAACCUUUUAACUAGACUUGCAGUCUGUCCACAUUUCGGAAUAUGACAUUGCCAAGUGGAUGUCUCAUCAUUUGGAACGUGAGACCCUUUAAAGCCUAAGUUAACAUUCGCUUGCUGCUGAAAACUUUGUAAAUCGCACCUGAUUUAAUGGGACUGUACUCCGUAUGAUGAAAUAGCAAAAAAGACAAUUGUCGAAAACUGACAUAAACUUGGUAUCAAUGUGCACAAUGCAUUGAAACUUACUUACUGAAGUACCACAUAGUUUACACUUAUUUUUUUUCGACGUUUUUUAGUAUUUUUAGUCUACCUAGUAUAAUUCAGUUCUUUUGCGUGAUUGACUAGUCGAUGUUAUCACGUGAUAUUACCAAGUUAGGAUUACAGCUUAAAUAUUCCAACUGUAUAGUGUAAGUCUUCGUAGUACAGUGGAUACAACACUGGACUGCAAUUUUGGCGACACCGAUUCGAACCCGGUGUCCGACUCGAUUUUUUUUUUUACAUUUUGGCAUUUUUUUAUCAUUAUACUAUCAAAGAGUAAAACAUUUUAUUAAAUAAUUGUCCUGAAAUUCGUUACAGAAAAGACUUUUUGUUUGCCAAUCUGGUGUACAGUCCCUUUAAUAUCUCCUGAUCAAAGCAACACUACUGUGAGGACUACAACAUUCAUGUCGUUUAAUUGUAUUAUUUCCCAUUUCUCAUACACCACACUACAAACAGCAGCAUUUCCUGGCCGUUAAUUUGGUGAAAUUAAAUUCCUCUUUAGCACAGAGAUAUUUACAAUGUUUACAACCAAUUGUUAAA